UCUGUCUUACAUUAUAUUACAUUUCACCGUACACGUAAAGGCAACAGAUAGAAAAGGGGUGAGAAGAAAAAGCACAUUUGACGCACUUGUGGAACCGCCGCUGCAUUUCAAGCGGUAGGUGGCGCUGUGACAUCAGCCGGCGAACGUCAUUAAUAAAAUGCAGAAGAAGAAGAUAGUUGCGGGAAAACCGAAGCGGAUGGUUCCUGUGUUGGAGACACCCCAGACUCAACGGUAAAACAAGCUUUUAAAAAAUCAGUAUGAAAACCCCAAAGGCCUCAGAUGUCAAAAAGGAGAUAUCAGUCCUUUGGGAGACUCUGCAAUGUCCCAUAUGCUUGGAUUUAUUGACAGCACCGGUAUCUACCAAGUGUGACCAUCAGUUUUGCAAAUUUUGUUUAAUGAAACUUUUGGACAACUCUAAACAAAACAGGGCCAACUGUCCAGUGUGUAAAACCAAGAUAACCAAAAGGAGCUUGCAGGAGAGCCCUGGGUUUCAGAGACUUGUCGCGGGAUUGCAGGACAUGAUACAAGCUUAUGAACAUGACACCUGCACAAAUUACUUCACUGGAAUUUCACUGCAAGAAAAACAAUCGGGCGUCACAGAUGCUGAAGCUACCAAACAUCCUCAUAAUGUGUCAUCUGGAGACGCACCAGUCAAUGACCUUGACAACGUGGAAAUUGCAGAGCAUGAUGAUCUUCCUCGGUCCUACUCUUCAACUAUAGCAGCCCAGAAUGGAUUUGCAAGACUCAUGGGACUUGACGACUCAACUCCUUUGACGACAGAAAACGAAGGCCUGGACAGCGGCCUUGGGGACGCCUCACCGACUUCUAACAAGAAAAUCCAUAGCUCUUCAGAUAAUUUGCUACCAAUAGAAACAGAAUUGUUAGAAGCUGUGGAAGAGGCAUCAACGCACAAAACUAGAGGCAAAAUUAAAUCUGGUAAAUUGGAGAAUGCUGCCCUUCAUACGCUUGAGAUUCCAGACAAGACUGAUCAGCAACCUGUGAGAAAGUCCUCACGUACGAAGCUGAAAAACGAUUUGGAUUCUGACAAGAUUCUUAGGCGGAAGCAGAAGAAAAGUCUAGAGAAAGUUGCUGAGUGGCUCAUGAAAGUACCAACUGAAGGAAGUCUGGAGUUAGAAAAACCAGACGAAAACGUUGAUGACUCCGACAGCUGUUCCUCCACUGCAACAUUAGACAUUAAGCAACAAAUAAGCGAUAUGAAUCCUAAGAGGGAGGAUCGGGCCAAAGCCCUGGAAGAGCAUGUGUUCGGAGCCGUCUACAAACGACAGAGGAGUGGAAAGAGGAACAUCCCUUGUCCACCUAAUGUUUCCGUUGAACCAACAACAACUAUAAAACAGAAAACAGACUCUGAAGAUAAAAUUCACAGUGACUUGGAGGAAGAGCAGCCAUUAACAAAUGAAGUAAAUGACACCAGCAGUGACAUUUCGAAAGAAGCAGAACACAUGGAAAUCAUGGAGGAAAAUGAAAUUGAUGAAUAUGGGGAAGAGUGGAACAACUUUUCAGAGAGUGACAAAAGUAAAGGCAAAGUUGAAGUUCCCCAUCCUUUGUCUGAUUUUGAACAACAGCGACCAGAAGGAAAGUUAAAGAAAAGUAUGCGUAUCGCCCUGCAGCGGGUUGACAGUGAUUUGCAGGAACAAUUUAAGUCAAAGUCAGAAAUAACUGAGCAAAAGAAAACUGACAGGAGGAAAGGUAAAAACACAAGUUCAGAAAAAGGCAAACCUGGUAGAUCGUCGAAGCCCCUUGUUCUGGUUGGAGUUCAAAAUGGAGGAACCAGUCCAAAGACUGGACUGAGAUCAGAAGAAGUUCAGGUACAAAUUGAGAACUAUCCCAGCAGCGAAGACCAAACCACCCCAAACAUGAGGAGCACCAGGAGAAGCAGAAGGCUUCAGCUCUUUGCUGAGGAAGUCCAGGAAGGUCACAAAAAAGCAAACUUGAAAGCCAGAGUCGCUGAAAAGGACAGCAGUGUCGUGCAGCGAUCGGAGGAGGUUAUAGGAGGAACACUGGAUACAACUCAAACACCUAAAAAUGGAAAUAUGACACAGUUGGCCAAAAGAAAUGGAUGUAUUUAUGAUGAAGAUUUAGGAGGCAUUGAAAACAUGGAGUCCGGUGAGAGAACUCACCGAAAACAAGAGUCCUUUGCUGAAGUGCCAAAUGCUGAAUCUCUGUCCGAAGCCAGUGCUGCUUGUUAUGUCCCUGUGGUCCCAAGUUCUGCAAGUCCAACUGAAGCGGCUGUGGUAGAUCUGGCACUUGAAAGUGACAAUCUGACUGAUGAAUUCUCAAAAAAUAUUGAGUUGGAAACUUCAGCUUGCAAAUCUAAAUUUGCAAUAACAGAAAAUGAGGAAGACGUUGUCAACGACAGCGAGCUGGACACAGAGCAACUGCUGAGGAGCUUCAAAGCCACUAAGAGGAAAUCUUUCCACCUCGGUGGUCCACACGUGAAAAGAAGCCGAAGCUCGGACCAAGGAAACACGCAGGGUGCUGAAGCGGAGGAAAAAAGCCCCUCCCAGGAAACAUUAGGUGACAAUGAGAACUCAUUGUGUAGCGAUUUGAUCACUCAGUCUAUCUCACCGGUCCUGACAAGAAAAACGGUUGAUGAAGUGGUGGCCGAAGGCUUGACGUCUGUCACCAGAUGCUCAGAUGGCGUCGGUGGUGCUGGUGAUGCUGGUGAUUGUUUCUCCAGGAAUAGUCUUAGCAGUGUCCUCACUCCUAAUCAAGUGUCCAAACGUGAAAUGGAAAGUCCUCAUCUCUCUGUCGUCCCUCAACUAGUAAAUUCUGGUCUCUGCUUCACUGCUGCUGAAAACGAGGAACUGCAUGAAGCCUCGAAGUGCUCUCACAUCUCAAACUGUCAGCUUGAUUGUUCAACAAGGGAUGCCGGGGAACGGAAGGAGAUAAGAGACAGCACUUCUGCUGGAAAGCAGUCAGACCACACGGCCGAACAUGUCUUAGUCGCAGAGGCUUCAUUAACUCCCGACGGCCUGGUCACACCAGUCGUCCAAAUGGUCCAUGAAACAAACUGGAACGACAAAGGAGGCGCCGAGGUCAACGGCCAUUCCUCCAUCACGAGCAACCCAAGGAAGAAGAGGAGGACUCAGAGACUGGAGUCCUCGUCCUCGUCCGAUGGCGGCGGAUCCAGAGAGGAAUUACCAACUCUGGCGCAAAUUUUUGGAACGUCAGCUCUUCCGGCUGCUGGGACCAAGGGUCGAGGAGACUCCAAUGAAGCUAAUGGAUGUGAGGCUGCAUGUGUUACAGCUGAUGCAGCAGACCAGGUCAGCCGCCCACCUGCGUGCCCCAGCCCCGACUGUGUGACAUCCAGCCAAGCUUCAGUGGACUUGUUUGGCACGCCAGAUGAAUGCAUUGCCCCAGUAAAUGACAACACCGUUUCCAUGGAAUCAUCACAAUUUUCAAGUGAGGUCCUUGUCACACAGCAAAAGAUACAGAUGCAGAAGGAGCUGGUGAGGCUGGAGAAGUUGAUGGCUCUGGUGUCAGAGGUGCUUCAGGAGAAGGAGCACAGUCCUGCGAAGGAAACGCAGCAGAGCAGCAAAACCACAGGCCCAGACACUCACAGACCCCCCCUGUGUUACCAGGAUGCAUGCCAAGAUUCAGACCAGAGAGGUGUUCCAGAUGCAGAGUGUGAGCACAGCACGGGAGUGUGUGACGGCAAAGGGGUCGCCGAGUCCAGCGUGUCGGAGCAUGGCGCUAUUCCAGAGAAGAAAGCGCAGCAAUCCACAAACACAGCACUGGGCGCAAAAGGCACUGAAGCCUUCAAGACACCGGAUAUAAGUUCAGCAGCCAAGACGCUAAAGAACUGUAGUUCACUGUCAGAUGGGCAAGAAGACAAAGAAAACAAUACACCUCCAAGAGAUAGACGUGAAGAUAAGAUGCUGCUAGCGUCCUCUGGAUUAGGGCCCAAUGAACAGAUAAUGGUGAAAAAGUUUGCCAAGCGAGUCGGUGCCCGUGUGGUUUCCCAGGUCACACCAGAGGUGACUCAUAUCAUCAUGCGCACUGAUGAACAGCUGGUAUGUGAGCGCACGCUCAAGUACUUCCUUGGCAUCGCAGGCAGGAAGUGGGUCGUGAGUUUCCAGUGGAUUUCAGAGUGCUUCAAACUAAAGAAAGUCCUCAAUGAGAGUCUCUUUGAAGUGAAAGGCGAUGUGGUGAACGGACCCAACCACCAGGGCCCCUCCAGAGCUCGCACGACUGAAGACAGUAACCUGCUGAUGAAGGGCUACACCGUCUGCUUCCAGGGGCCUUUUACUGACAUGACUACAGAUGAAAUGGAGUGGAUGGUGGAGCUCUGUGGAGCAACUGUAGUUAAAGACCCACUUAUUUUCGACAGUAAACAGAAGUCACAUCAGCUGGCCAUUGUACAGCCUGGACCAGAGUCGUCGUCGUCGUCGUCCACAUACAGCAGUCUCUCCAGACGUGCCACUGUUGUGACACGCGGUUGGCUCUUGGAUACCGUUGCCACCUACACCCUCCAAAACUUCAACAACUACUCACCGUGACCCGUGUUUUCCUGUAAUCUCAUCUCUACUUCAUAUAUUCUGUUUCUUUUUUUAUGUCAGAUAUUAUAAAUAAAUGAUGCAUAUUAAGAGAAA